GUAAGCAACAGUGCCACAUCAGCAGUGCCACGUCAAGUGUAACAGUGCCACGUCAGCAGUGCCCCGCCACCAUGACGGGCGCAGUUCUGUGCAUGCCAGGCCAACUGGCAAAUGAGUCCAUUGCCGAGUACCGACAGCGGUUCGAAACUCAGCUCGCACUAAUCGCGGCUGAGGAACAGCGCCAUCUGGCAGCCGAGGCUGUCCGCGUACAGGCUGAAGCGGCGGCAACAGCUGAGAAGCAGCGGCUUCAGGCCGAAGCAGACACAGAUACCCAGGCACGCCGCAAGGAAGCCCAACAUCUGCUACAGCGGCAUGAAGCCACUAGCAUCGAAAAGCUCAAGUUUUGGCACUUUGAACCAUCCGAGGGGCACAACGACGCAACACCGGAGGAGCAGCACAAGGAAUUCAUGGCCAAGCUCGUGACCCGGUUGGUCUACACUUGUAACCACCUGCAGUCCGAGUUGGCGAACCUCCAGCAGGCCGUACGGCACCACAACGAUCAGCACGAGGAUGCAGCACGGGCACUUGAUUCCCGUGUACAGGACUUGGAGCAAACUGCACCAAGACCGGAGGCUGGCGAGUCCAGCAGUGCACCCUCUGCCCGCCAACUGGAGGAACGCGUCGAUCACAUAGUGGCAAUGCUAGGUGAUAUUAGCACCUUCGCAGCGCCAGCCACCAUCAGCCAGCAGCUGGACACACUGAAGACCGAGAUCAGGCAGCGACAACAGCCGUCUGACCCCGAUCGCAGCACCAGCACGGCGAAGCAUUACAAGAUGCCGACGUUCCGGAUCGAGAAGUUUGAUGAUUACACACAUCAAGACCCGGUCGUCUGGUGGCAAGGAUUCACAACGGAGUUGGGGAUUCAUGAGGUCUUCGACCUACACAAGAAGGUCUCCUGGGAGGAUCUGACAAAGGAAUGGAAGAAGCGGUUCAUCGUGGACGACGCCUCGGCGCUCGCCAUCAACCGCAUCUUCACGAUGGCUCAAGGAAACACAUCGACACGUGAUUGGCUCACGGAUUGGCAGAAGAUCGUGGCGACGCCCGAUCUGGACUUGCCAUUUCCGCAUCUGCGCCAGGAGUUCUACAACUGGUCAUGCAACGCUUUGAGCCUCGCACUUGGUGAUCGCGAGCAGUACAAUACCUUCGCCGAAAUCAUCAACAAGGCGAGGGAGAUCAUCAAGACAAAUAGGGAAGUUGCACACGAGAAGUCAACGUGGCAGCCAACCUAUGUGGAGAAGGUGAUAACUGGUGGCUGCUGUCCAGCCGCGAAGCAACAACAAGUCCCGAGGAAACAGGAAGGCGAAAAUCGCAUCGCCGGCGGGAAACGAACAGCCAGCACCAUGGGUCAAGUUUCACUUGACCGAGGCGGAAUACAAGUGGCGCGGCCGCUACGGCUGCUGCUAUUGGUGCAACAGCACCAAGCACAAGACCUCCCAAUGCCCGGAUCAAGGCAAGGAGGAUGUUCGGCCUCGUAUCAACUCGGGAAACUGAGUUCCGCGGGAGGUGAGGCGACUCCACCUCUCACUCCGCCAGAUUCGGCCGCCUUGCUAGCGGCCUCCUACACAUCUGGGGAGGAUGCGAAUGUCGCAAGUCCUCGGUACACUUACGAGGACUAUGCUGUCCACUUGGUCCCACCGUUGGACCAACCGCUCCACGUGCAACAAUCUACCGCAUGCACGGCUUCAUCACCAUCGGCAACCGAUUCGGCAGCUUUGCCGCCAUCUACCGUCGGGGAUUCAACGUCAUGGUCAAGACUUGAAGAGCUCGACCCGUUGGCAUUUGCGGACUUCCAAUGGAUGCCCCUUCCCCGGUCCGGUCGAUUGCCGAAACCGCAUUGCAACGUGCUCAUGGCACAAUUGCGGGAUUACUUGCACAUUGCAGUACCAACUCCGUUGAUGGACGCCCGAGUAGAGGUUGUCGACCUUCACGCCUACAUUGCGAAGAUCGACCGCGAGUUCAAGACACAACGGCACGACGACAUCGACGCACCAUUGUUAUAUGUACGCAUUCAGAUCGGAGAGGCGGCCUGCAACACUUUGAUCGAUUGCGGAGCAUCUCGCAACUACAUGAGCCAGGACUUUAUGGUACGCGCCGGCCUUGGCCCACGCGUCUGGAGGAAGUCCCAACCGACGCAAGUCACGUUGGCGGACGGUCACACGCAUAAGUCAAUAGACCGAUGCAUAGAUGACGUCCCCGUGUACUUUGCCCCGCAUGCAAGCGAGGAGGUGUCCUUCAAUAUCUUCGACACCAAAUUCGACAUGAUCUUGGGCAUGUCAUGGCUGCGAAGCGAGGAUCACCCGGUGAACUUCUACCGCCGCACCGUUCACAUUCGUGAUCGGAACGGAGUACUAGUCCCAUGCACGGUAGCUCCUCCUCACCCUUCGAUCAGCUGCCACGUGGUGUCCGCCUCAAGCAUGCGAGCUUCCAUCAUCAAAGACGACAUCGAGGAGAUGCGGCUCAACGCGCAAACGAUCAGAAACGCCGACCCUCUUCCACGCAUCGACGACCUUCUCGAACGGCUGGGUAGCGCCAAGUUCUUCUCCAAGCUUGACCUCAAGUCGGGAUAUCACCAACUCGAGAUUCGGCAGGAGGACCGCUACAAGACCGCGUUUAAGAUGCGAUAUGGGCAUUUCGAAUGGCUGGUUAUGCCAUUUGGCCUUACGAAUGCCCCGACCACUUUCCAAGCGGCUAUGACAACGGAGUUCCGACACAUGCUGGAUCGAUUCGUACUUAUCUACCUCGACGACAUUUGGGUGUAUAGUCGGAGUUUGGACGAGCAUGUGGAGCACCUGCGCACCGUUUUGGAGCGGCUACGACAAGCCAAGUACAAAGCCCACCGCGACAAAUGCGAAUUCGCGCGGCAGGAGUUGGAGAACUUGGGACAUUAUGUGACGCCGCAAGGCAUCUGUCCGCUUGCGGAAAAAAUCGAGGCCCUCCGCGUAUGGCCCGAGCCCACCAACACCACGGACGUUCGUUCAUUCAUGGGGUUGGCGGGCUAUUAUCAGCAAUUCAUCACCGGGUACUCAAGGAUUGCUGCACCUAUGACGAGAUUACAAUCGCCAAAGGUGCCAUUCGUAUUCGAUGACGACGCACGCCGGUCAUUCCAAGCACUUAAGACGGCCAUGCUCAUGGCACCCGUCCUUAGCAUCUAUGACCCCACCCUGCCUACGAGAGUGACAACUGACGCUUUCGGCUAUGGCAUUGGGGCAGUCUUGGAACAACACGACGGCGACGACUGACACCUUGUGGAGUAUUUCAGCCACAAAUUGCCUCCCAUCAAUUCACUUGAUGAUGCAAGGAAGAAGGAGCUGCUCGCGUUUGUGA